CCCCCUUGCCCUAUCACUAUCUGCCCAUCACUUUUUCUGUAGGUUUCAUUCUUCUUAUUAUUAUCCCUUAUUAUUAUUUGCGCCAAAGAACAUCAGAGAAGAUACUUGCACAGUCGUUUCUGUUGUCGCAAUAAAAUGCUACCAGUAACAGAUCUGCAGCACUGGCAAGGGAGGAGCCAGUUUCCAUGGUUAGUGAGCACAACAGACCCGUGGCAAAUGUUCACUGUGAGCUGGAUUUUAGCAGCAACUCCCUUCAGAAAGGCUUUAGAUACAAGUCCUUUAUAUAAGUCCUUUAUAUAAAGGGCUGCCCUUGGCUCCAGAUUUCCAUGACUACAGACCAAAUAUCACUAUCAGUCUGUGAUCACCGGUGCUGCUUGAUCUAUUAAAACCGCCCUGAGAGGAGCUGAUACAUCAGUGAACAUCCACCAAACACCUGUUGCUCUGUUACCAGUCACCUUUCUGAAGGGUGCAGCAUGACAGAGCUCCACGAAGCCGUGGCUUUGGGGGACUACGACCUGGUGGAAAAGAUUUUGAAGGCAGGACGCUGCGACCCAAACCACAAGGAUGUUGACUGGCACGACAGGACCCCACUGCACUGGGCUGCUGCCAAAGGGCGGUCGGAUCUGGUCAAGCUCCUCGUGGAUCACGGCGCCCGGCAUUGCCUGCGGAGCGACGUGGGCUGGACUCCGGCUCACUUUGCCGCCGAGUCGGGGAGGCUGAGGGUGCUCCGCACCCUCCACUCCCUGCACGCCGCCAUGGAUGCAGCCGACCUCUUUGGCGACACUCCCAAGAGGCUUGCGGAAAUCUACGGUCACCAGGACUGCUCCAAGUUCUUGGAGAAGGCAGAGGUGGAGAGCAGAAACUACCGCACGACAGCUGCAAUGAAAGGAAUCCCCUUAGACCAGAGAGAUGAAGACUGGGAACAGAAGAAAGAGGAGCUUGGGAGAAACCCACCAUGUUUUUGGGAGAACUGCACAACCUCUGCUCCAAAGAAAAAUGGGAAAAAAAAGGGGAAGCAGUAGUUUGUCCUGUCUGUUUGUGCCUCUGAGCAUGUGAAAUGCAGAGCAAAGGCACUGGCAGAUCUCAGGUGAAUCUGCAGGGUGAUAUACACGUGAAUGGGGGAAGCAAAUGCCCAAAAGGAUGUGUCCUUGAGAUAUACUGCAAACAACAUCCUUAACAGGGAAGAGGUAGAAAUGCUUCUGUCUUUCUGUGUGUCUCUAUGAAUCAGAUUUCAAAUAUCAAAAAACUGCAGAAUAUGUUUAAAUAUACCAAUACUCUAAAUCACUGGAAUGUUUAAAGUUAUUGAGAUGACCGGCAGUUACCCAUAUUGUGAGGGAGGGAAAUGGUUUUAGUCCUACCUGAAUCACAAAAGCAUCUGAGGUUGUGGUUCUGCUUGCUCUGCUGAUAUCCACGGUCUUUCCUUGUUUUCUUCUGGUCCUGCAUCAACCAGGAGGCACUACAGGUGCCUGUGACCUCUGGUGUUACCUCUCUCUUUUCUCAGUCGUGGGGUGUAGUUGCUUCUUCUGGCUGAAGUUGAGAUGUUGAUCUUGAACUUUCACUGGACACAUGGGUCCAACAGCCUGAAUCUCCCAUUCCUAUCCCAGCAAAAGGGAAAAUGUGCUCCUCCUUACUGCUUUCAGAGAUCUGUGACUUCCAAGAGUAUUGGAACACUGCCUUCUUUUCAGCAGUACUCCCAACUAUUUUUAUAUCUCUGCCUUUAGGAAUGCCGUGAAACUGGUCCUGAGCUGUGCCUUUGAUCAUCAACACUUCCCAUGGCAAAAGCAUUUCUAACUGUUUAACUUCUCAAUCACAGAAACAUGGAAUGUGACCCAAAGCAGUUUUCCAUACCCUGCCAGCACUGGGCAGCCCCUCCCAUUGACCUGUGACAUCUCUUCUGGGUCAGCUUCCCCAGGCUGGGCACAUCAGUGCAUCUCUCCAUGUGGGCUGUGCACUGUGGCUGUGCUGGUGGAUAACGUGUCCCCUCCAGGUGCAGCUGAGUGGGGCUGGUGCACAGGGCAGUGAUGCUGUGCUGGGUGUCAUGUUCUCAGGGCUUUCCUGGAGAUGGCAGAAGGUAUCUGCAGUGUGGUUUGCUGGGGCUGCCUUGUUUUGUGUGGUGCUGACAUUGGCAAGAUGCUGGUUUUGCCUGCUGUGUGUUGUGGUAUGUGAGGUUGUGAGGGAUGAUGUUGCAUGGGAAGUAGGGAAUCAGAUGGGUCUUCCAGGAUCUUGUUGUGAAAUCAGCUGGGACUGUCCUGUUAAAGGAGGAAGUGCACAAGCAACAUGAGGGAGAGAAGGGAGUUGUGUUGGCGCCUGUCCUUUCAAGGCCUUUCAGUGGGGAGAUGUGUCCAGAUGAGAUUUUUAAGAUCCACCUCAGGACUUGAGCUGGUGAGAGAAAUGACCAAUUCAGGUUCUGCUCAGUUCAUGCUGGAACUAUUUCAUGUUUAGAGGACCUGCUGUGGAGGGUUGACCUUGGGCAGCUGCCAGCCCCCCACUCAGCUGCUCCAUCACUCUCACCCAUACACAGGACAGGCAUGGAAGAGCUCAUGGGUUAAGAUAAAGGCAGGGGGAACACUCACUCAUUUGUUAUUUUGUCAUGACAAAACAGACUCGAAUUGGGGAAAAUGAACUGAAUUUAUUGCCUAUUGAAAACAGAGUAGGAUGAUGAGGAACAAACACAAAACUAGAAACCGAUGUCUCCAAUCCCCCGUUCAUCCCAGACUCAACUCAACUCCACUGUCAUUUCCAGCUUCUCCACCUCCUCUGCAUCGGCAGCACAGGGGGAAGGAGAAUGGGGAUUGCAGUCAGUUCAUAAUAUAAUAAUGUGUUGUCUUGUCCACUCCUUCCUUCUCAUGGUCUUCCCCUGAUCCAGCACAAAUCCUAUUUCAUGGUUAUUUUACUGGGCCAGUGUCCAUUUGGAAAAGUCAAUCUCACCUACAAGUAAAAGCAGAGCAGGAGAGCAGUCACACAGAGCAGGGCAAUCCUGUUCUGGCAGGAAGUGGGGCAGAGAGGACGCUCAGGGCUGGUGUGGGCAAUGGGCUCUGCACCCACCUGUGCCCCCCACGGCCAUUCCUGCAUCACUGUUUGUGUGUCAGUGACCACCUGUGGAGAGUGACAGGGAUCAAUGUGUUCACACAUCAGUUAUCAGCCACUGCCAGACAGUGAUACAGCUCAUCAUAUUACACUAGAACAGCAGAAAGUAACAUAAACUAAAACAGACAUAAACCUGUUGUUAUUUUGGUUGUUUCAAUCAGCAAAUACCAAAGUGUUUGAGGAAAGUUUGCAGUAUUGUUAUUGCCCUUCUGUAACCAGCCCAUGUACCAGGUCUAAAUAAAUUUUUAAUUGGCAAAAAUUUAACUCAAAGAAUUACCUGGAUGAAAUUAUAAUUGAAAAUAUUUUAUUUAAGCCACACUAUUUUAGUUCAUAGGAUUUGAAUGAUAUCUUCUUAAUCUCAGUGAUAAAGGCUGAACAUCUGUAUCAUCUACAUUGCCUGGAGAGUUGCAUGAGAGAUUAAAUGACUCCCUUUCUAGAAUGAAAUAUCGACGUUUUGCAAGUGCUACAGCAGUUUUUUACAGUUCCUACCUCAUGCAAGCCUUGAAUGUCACAGAGAGCAGAAUCCUUAGCAAUGUCUUUUCCAGUUUGGGAUUGCCAAAAAUCAGAAUAAGUGAAUGAGCACCCGGAAAAGCGUAUUGAAAUACUAAAAUGAGAAACGUCACAGGAUUUCCCUUCCUCGUGGCAUAAACCAGUGUCAAGAUCAAAGAUGCAAAGUUGAUGCAGUACAUUACAAAAAAGGAGAGAAUGGAUUUCAUAGCUUUGAUGUGGGCAUCCAUGCUGAGGUCCUUCAUGGAGUUUGUCUGCAUGUUGCGUUUGUGUCUCCAGAGGGAAAAGAGAAGGAGAAGAGCAGAAAAGGUGACUGCCAUGAAUGAAACAGCAUAUCCAAAGCCAGCAAUAAAAAAAGAAGGGAAAAAAUGUUUAUCCAUUUUGAUACUUGCUUUCCAAAAAUUACCUCUUCCAGUGGAAUUGCGGUUGUUACAGUGCGGUUUAUUAGCGAUAUCAUAGACAAUGAUGCCAAUAACCAGGGAGAAAAGCACUGACCCCAACAAGAACCAGGGCACCAUCCUGUCAAUUUUUACUUUCAGGUAGAUGAAGAAGCUGUUCCUGAAAUUGGCAAUUUUUAUGCAAUAAAAGACACAAAGACAGGCUGAAAACCACAGACUGGAAUAACUUAAAAAGCUCUGAAUAGAUGCAGCUAGUUGAAGUGUGGGUUGAACAUACAGGAAAUGGGGAUAAAUUAUUGAAAGAAAGAAAUAUACCCAUGAGAUGCACAAAUACCAAAACCGGGAGGAUCCCAGUAACAGCAAGAUCUUCUCAUUAGAGUUCAAGGUUUUCUUCUUGACCCAGGCCAUGCAAAUCACAGAAACAAUGAAAGCAUUUAUCCACAUGCCAGCAAAUGCCUCAAGGGUGACAACGGCCACAGCUGUGGCAUCAUAUGAAGUGAUAUUGAACUGUUCUUGAGAGUGACAAGCUUCCAUCCUGGGAGCUGGGAGCAGUGCUGUGCUGGACAAGGGGCUGUUGCACCAAUGCCAAACACAGGUCAGCGUCUGCUGUUGCCUGAGUGUCAGGUCUGGAAAGAGGAGCUUUAUAGAGCUGCUGGUGGGGGGGAUUUUGGUGCCUCUGGUCUUGAGAGCAGGGCAGGUGCAGGGAUGUAAAUGUGCUGGGUAUCUCCUUACCUGGUGUCAGUGUCAGUGUGCAGGAUUUGCAUGUUGGUUCAGGAGGUCUGUGUUGGGUGGCACAAAGAGUGGAGAUGUUUUUGUGCUGUGGACAGUGUCGUGAUUUUGUGACUGACCCAUUUUGAUCCCUGUGAGGCUUCAGGAUCUGGGCUUUUCUGUGCUUCGGUCAACUACAAUGAGCAAAUUAGUUUUGUCUGCAGUCUUUCAAAAAUAUUAUUUCUUUUCAUAGUUUUUUAUAUUGUUGGACAUUAGCAUGUUGCCUUGAGAGAAUUUUCAUUUUCUGAUAUUGCCUGUUCUCUUCUUUAUCCUUUACUCUGAAUUCCCUCUUGUUUUGUUGAAAAAAACACAAUAAAUGGUGUAGGUGGCUU